GUAGAAGUAAAAGUGUAUGUUGUGAUAAAACUGAGCAAAGUCGAAAGUAAACAAUUUAGUAGAAAGUCAAUGCUUUAACUUUUAAGUGUUUAUUGAAAUUGGACGAAAUAUUGCAUCUUGGUUACAACUUGCAAUACAAGUGAUUUGUAAAUUUUGAACACUCGGAAGAUAUUUCAACAUGUGGAACGAAGACUUCUCAAAGUUAUCUGAUGCUUUUGUGAAAGUAGUUGAUUGUAGGAUUCACAGACAUCAAAUAAUUGAGGAUUUGAAGGAUAAAGUGUGGAAAGCAGAGAAGAGUAAACUAGUUUGGCAUGUCAGGUUAAGAUGUAUGAAACCAUUACUAUUUGAAGAGAAUUUCAGUGACCAAGCUCCGCAACUCAGAAGCUGGGCAAGAGAAGGAAUGUUGUUACCAGAUAUUCGACAAAAUGUCAUUCCUGAUGGACGUGCUGAUGCAGUCGUGAAGGAUAUAGUGAAGCUUGCUGAUUCAGUCGUCUAUCAUCUUAGUCUCAUGUUACAGAGUCUUGCUAUUUUAUCUGAGCAUUGUGAAUUUGGGAAGAAACUCUUCAGACAGUAUUUAAAACAUUGUAGAGAAGCUAGUAAUUACUGUACUCUGGAUGGAGCUGUGAAUUUUAUUAGAAAUGAUGAGUUUUAUCAAAUAAUUUGUGAAUGUAUAGACAUUUAUUCCGAGAGCAGAAAAAAGAUGGUAACAGCAGCAUUUUUGAUUACCUGUGAAAUAUUUCAUUUAAGCUAUUCCAAUAUUCCUUAUGGAACGUUAGAAGAAGAAUUUGAAAUAAUAUCAUGGGGAAAUGAGGCUUUGGAACUGAAAAAUAAGGGCAAUGAAGAGUAUAGAGAUAACCAGUUUUCCCAAGCAGUUGCAUCUUAUACUAAAACUAUAAAAAUGAGUCGUUAUAAUAGAAUCCUCUACUCGAACCGGGCAAUGGCAUAUCUCAAACUUCAUAAGUGGAAUGAAGCUGAGCUGGACAGCCGAAGAGUUGUUAUUCUUAAGCCUGACUGGUGUAAAGGCUAUUAUCGACUAGCUCAGGCACUGGAAGGACAGACUGAAUACCAUUUGGCUCAUUCUGUUUGUUUUUUUGGGAUGAAACAAAGCAAUAAUACAGAUUUACUCGGACUAGAAAAGCAAUUGAUUAGGCUGUGUUUGCAAAAUAAUGGUCCAUGUAACAAUAAAAAAAUAAAUAAUGGAAGAUAUAAUAGAGAAUUUGCACAGUUUGUGAAAGAAAAAGAUAAAACAAAACAUGAUGAUGUUCCAGAACUUGUUCCUGAUUCUUCCGAUUCAGAUGAAGAAACUUUCAAUCAUAAUCAAUUUACACGUAAUGAGAAAAAUAGAAGGAAUAUUGUAUCGAGUAUGUCCUUUAAACAAUCCGUAAAAGCUGGUUCUGAAGCAUUUCUUCAGGGAUGUGUUCGUAGUGCAAUUUCUUAUUAUCAAGAAGCACUUUCAACAGUUUCCAAAGUUUUUUCCAUAGAGGAUUUCAAUUUGAAGGAGAUUGAUAUUGUUGUUUUAAAAUAUGCUUCAGGAAUGGCUAAUAUGGAAUAUGGACAAAUGGAGGAAAUACAGAAAGCCAUUUCUCUUUUUGAAGAUAUUAUUGAAAACCACGAAAAUAUAUCCUUUCCAGCAGCUUAUUACAGUUUAGGUUUAGCCUACUUUAAGAUGAAUAGAUUUAAAGAAGCAUUGACACCUCUAUUCUCUGGACGUGAUAUCUUAGAAAAAAGCAUUGUAUGUUGCUCAAACCAAUGGCCAGGAAAGUUAGUAACGAUGGAAGAGACGAAACCUGGAAAGUUGAAAAAAGCGAUAGAAGAAUUGAUCCUGCAGUGUCGAUAUCCACCACGACCUAAUGCCGUCUGCCGCUCUGAUGAGUGUAAUUUUAACAAAUCUAUUUAUUAUUGUGACAUUGAUUUUCAUGGUUUUGCUCGGUUGAAAUGCUCGGAACAGUGUUUCUUAGAAUACCAUCCUAGGUGUUGGAAGCAGUUUAAGGAUAAAAUGAAAUCAAAAAAUGAAAAGGAAUUUCUGCAUUCCAGCUGUACGACACCAGAUUGUAAUGGGAUUAUUAUUAUUAUUGAAAUUAUUGACAAAGAUGGUAAAAUCUCAAAAGAGUUUUGUGAUAAAAUCCAUGAAAACCAAACAGAACAGUCUAAACACAGAAAAACCAAACUAGAAAAGAAAAUGGAACAGAAAGAGAAGAAGAAAUGGCAUUCACAAGAUAAUAAUAAUUUGACAGAAAAAAUAUCUUUUAAGUAUAAAGAACCUGUUGAGGAAGAUGAAACUGAUAAAGAACAAGUAGAACAUCAUUUGCCACCAAAAUAUUUAGAAAAUUCAGCCUCUGUGCCACAAAAUGAAGAAGGCAAUGGCAACUGUGUUGACAAAAAUAGAACUGAUUCUUCAAGUCCUAAACGUACAGGUUUUCCUGCAGAAGAAGAACCACUAUACGUCCUAAAAAGAGAGAAGGAUGAUGAUUCAAAGAAAGUUGAAGUAAAAGAACCGAAACCAAAGAAACAGAGAAAGAAAACUGUAUUGAGUUUGGAAGAAUUUUGUGGAGACACUCCCAAUUCUUUGUUCAAUGAAUAUCAACGAAGACUUGAGCACCUACGGAGUAUCAAAAGGAUGGUGGAGAAAGACUGUGACUAUUGGCCUAAUUUCUGUGCCAAGCAGGUGAAAAGAAUACCUCAGCUUGAUCCAGAAAAACCAUUUUUUAUCCCACAAGAUCUGCAGAAUAACUAUGAAGCACUAGAAGCGGUGUUAAUAUCAUAUGAUGGAAUAGGGAAGUCAGACACAGUUAUGCAUAGAAAAGAAGCAAUAUACUCAUACAUGGAACAUUUCUUAAAGUCUAGUGGUCCUAAACUUAUAGAUGAUCCUCUUCUUCUUGAAGAAAUUUUAUCUUUUCCUGCAGAAGAUCAGAACUUAAUCAAUGAAUCUGGAGGUAUAACCAAGUUUCUGUUAAAGAGCAUGAAGUUUGUUCAAGUCGGAGACUACCUCUAUGCUCUAAGUGAUACCCGUAAGCCUUCCAAGCUCACGGGUCAAAGUAACCAGUUAGAUGUUGACACACUGGAGAGUUCUAAAAACAAAAAUCAUUUGUCUAGAAAUUCGUGUGAUGAAGUAAUAAACUAUGAUGCUGAUAAUCUCAUAGAUGCCUUAAUUCAUAAUCUGGAGAUCAGUAAUUUACAUCAUACGGAUGGAUCAAAAAUUAACCAUGAUGAUGAAAAUAAACAGAGUGAAACUCGGGGGCAUGAUGGAAGUGGUGACAUGCAGUGUGAUCUUGAUGGCAUUGCUAAAUUGUUCUCAAUGCUACAAGAAAUAGGAGGACACCCGAAACCAAAUCUUAAAGUGACUGUGAUUGAUCAGCUUGCAAAUAGAAAAGUUGACUUAAUGGAAGAAGAAGAAAAAUCCAGUGAUAAAACUUUUGAAGUAGCUUUGCCAUCAGAAAUCUCAUCAUGCACUGAUCCCGAACCUGUGGUACCAGCAAAAGUCUGUAGCACAGGUGUUGGCCAAGAAUGUAACUUGUAUGUAAAAAACCAGGAAAAAUGUGGUGUAGAUAUCAAUUCAUUUGUGGAACAACUAAAACAAACUAUAAUUGGCAUGCCUGUACAGAAUCAAGUGGACCUAUUAACAUGUGUUAUUAAUGCUGUACUCUCAGCUGGUUUUGUGAAAUCUGCUGAUUUUUGCAGUAUGAACAGAAACAUUAAAGGUGUGCGCAUUAGUCCCAAAGUGAAGCUGUUCCAUAAAUCUUCUCAGGCCUCUGAUGGAAAUGUAGAAAAAGUAUCAAUAGGCUUAAUGAAAAGAGAUGACGAACUUGAAGAACUGCAAGAACUUGUCAGUAGCCUAGAGCAAGACAAGAAGAAAACUGAGGAUCGGCUAGUUGAUGCUCUAGAUAAAGUUAUUCAAUUGCAAAAAAAAUUUGCAGUUGAAACAGACAAACUGAAGAAGGAAGUAGAAGAAGCUAAAGAGUAUGCCAAGAUUAUCGAGGAGGAAUGGCACAAUGGACUUCAAAUGAUGGAGAUAGAAAAGAAAAAAUGGCAACAAGAUCACCAGAAGUGGUCCGAGAACUUGAAGCAAGCACAGAAAGAGACCGUAUCUGCUCGUGCAGAGAAAGAAAAGGCAGAAUGGAGAGAAAUGAACUGUUACAGGAUGUGGCCAAAAUAAGUAAGGAGAUAGAAAAUGAAAAG